AUGAAGAAAGUAGCUGAUCCUCAACAGGUUGCCUGUGACAACUGUACUACAGCUAAUGCCACUGGAUACUGCAAAGACUGCAGUAAGUUCAUGUGUGCUGAUUGUAUCUCUACCCACAAGAAAUGGGCCGACUUUUCUAACCAUCAGCUGACAAAUCUUGAUGAGGUGGCAGCUUCUGUCUCUUCUACUUCUCAAUUGCUAGCUCAAGCUAAACAGGAGACUCUAAUUUGUUCAAUACCAAGUCAUGAUGAGCCAUUGAAGUAUUUCUGUGACACAUGUGAUGAAUCUAUCUGCCGUGAUUGUAUUAUGCUGACUCAUAAAGAUCACAAGUAUAACCUAAUAGCUGAGAGUUAUAUUAAACACAAAGAAGUACUGGAGGAAUCUCUUAAUCCAGUAAAAGGGAAAAUCAAAACACUCAAGAAGGUUGUUUUUGCUUUAUCAAAAAGAGAGGGUGAGAUCAGAGAGAAAGGAGAAGGAGUAUUAGAACAAAUACAUGAAAUGGUUGAGGAAAUGGUGAAUGUUCUUCGUCAUGAUGGAUCAGCUAAUGGACAGUUACAGUGUCCAUAUGACAUUGCUAUUGACAGUCAAGGUUUGGUUUAUGUCCCUGAUUUUAAUAAUCAUCGUGUGCAGAAGUUCUCUCCCGAUGGGAAGUUUGUGGGUCAGUUUGGCACCAAGGGAUUUGGUCCUGGACACCUCAAGUAUCCUGCAGUCUAUACUAGUGAUGGCGUGUUUGUCAAUAGUUACGGAAGCAGAGGAAGUAAAUUUGGCCAGUUUUGUCGUCCUAUUGAACUAUCAUUUGAUAAAGAUGGGUUUUUGUGUAGUCUAGUACCAGCUGGUAGAGGUAAACCCAUUCACACUACGAUCACUACCAGCACUGAUCCUGGAGUGUAUAGGAUACAGUGUAACCUUUCAACCAGUGGGUAUCAUACAGUAAAAGUACAAGUAUAUGACGUACUACUUGAAGAUGCCUCACUAGUCGUCCCUAUCAAUCCUUAUCUUAAGAAUAUUGCUCCUUUACAUGUUGUCGAUGAGCUUAAGGGUCCCUGGGGAGUUGCUGUUAGCAAUAACUGUGUUCUAGUAACUGAGAAUCUUGGUCAGUGUAUAACAAUACUGGACAGAGAAGGAAAGAAAGUGAAAUCAUUAGGAGGGGUAAAAGGAAGUGGUAAUGUCAAUUUUUCUUUUCCUCGUGGCUUAGCCAUUACUCCAGACAAAUUCAUUCUAGUGUCUGAUUCUGAUAAUCAUAGAGUCCAGAAGAUAAGCAUGGAUGGGUAUCUUAUAGCAUCUGUUGGUGAGAAGGGUAACGGACCAUUACAAUUUAAUACUCCUUUUGGUAUAGCUGUUUCACCAAGAACAGGGCAAGUUUUUAUUGCUGAUAAGAUUAAUCAUCGUAUUCAAGUCUUGAAUCCUGAUCUAACCUUCUCUCAUUCGUUUGGCAGUGAAGGAUCAGCUAAUGGACAGUUUUCAUACCCUGUAGGCAUUGCUAUUGAUGAUCAAGAAUUUAUAUAUGUUACUGAUUUUAAGAACCAUCGCAUCCAGAAGCUCUCGUCAAAUGGACAGUUUUUGGACAAGUUUGGUAUCAAAGGUUCUGGUCCUGGUCAGCUAAAUGGGCCACAUGGUAUAGCGAUAGACACUGGAGCUACUGGCCUAGUAUAUGUU